AUGGCGCCAUUAUGGCCAAGAGUCGACAGCAAGCACGACGGAAACAGGCAGGCUCAUCCGGGCGGGACGAAGCGGCCCACGCCGCGGAACCUGUCGGGCGCCACCCACGCGCCGCUUGUGGGAAGCGCGCCCCGACGUGCGCUGCCGACCAGUGGGCGACGGCACCCGCUUCGGAGGCCCAGCGUCGCCGAGGACAUGGAGCGGACCGGGCCGUGCUGCUUCUUCUGGUGGUGCCCCCCGUCGUCGGGCGCCGUCUGGCUCCGCGUGGCCUGCGUCCUGCUCCUCCUGUGCGCUCUGCCGGAAGAAGGCCAAGCUCGGCGUCGGCGCAUAUUCGACGACUGCCCCGAGGGCCGGCUUCCGGUGGCCGAGGCUGACCUCGUGCUCACCGCCACCGUGGAGCGGCUGCUCCAGGAUGGGGCGCAGGUGAGCGUCCGGGUGCAUCGUCCGCUCAAGGGCGGGCCCCGCGAGCUGGGCGGCUCCGUGCUCCUAGUGGAGGGGCUGGACAACGAGGCGCUGUGUGGCACCCGGCUCGCGCAGGGUGACACGCGCCUCUUCCUGCUCAAGGGCGGCGCAUCCGAGGGACGCACCAGGCUGUUGGCGUCCCCGCUGCGCCUCACGCUGCCGAACCUGGACAAGCUGCAGGCCGCCGUCAACGGGGAAUCAUAUCGGAGGCGACUGCAUGAGCGAGACCUGCCGUGUGAGGCCAAGUACUGCCCCUGGAACGGCGACUGCACCGAAGACCAGCUGGGAACAGCGCGCUGCAGCUGUCCGACGUCGUGCGACUUCGAGUCGAUGCCCGUGUGCGCCACCGACGGGGUCACCUACCCCAACCGGUGCAAGAUGCGCGUCGAUUCGUGCCGCAACCAGAAGAGGCUCUGGUCACGCCACCAGGGCACCUGCCACGCCACGCCGCCGUCCCCCUACUGAUCCCCUCUUUCAAUCCCCGCCUUUCCACUCACUCUUUCUCACUUGCCUCACCUGACUUGUUCGCAUACAGGUUGACGAUGAAUCGAAAAGCUCCGCGUCGUUUCGAGUAGCAUGGCGCCAACCAUGACUUUUUUGUGCACCUAGUUUUUUUUCCUUAAAUUUUAGCUAAAGAGACGGUAGCACAGAAAAUUAAAUGGGCACUAAAUAGGAAAGGGAUUUCACCUGUACUAGUAAAUUACCCUUCUAGAAUACCAAAGAUGCCACUGUUAUAGCGGAAAGGUUCUUGUUGGUUUGAAAACGCGCAAGUACAAAAGACAGCUUACGACGGCGCUUCAAGUUUCGGUGCCACUGCGCCAUGACGUCAUAGAUUUUGAUGGCAUCUGCUCAGGCCUAGUUGGUAAAAUUAUUGGUAACAAUGAGUUACCUUUUGUGCUAAAGGAACAAAACAUUAAACGUGGCAAGUUUCCAGAACUUACACAGAGCGAACGCUGCCCAGUUGCGAAAGAACACUGUGAAAUCCGUGACCUUACACUAGCGUAUGGCAGCGAGGUUUCGGCGCGAAAUUCAAGAAUUCGAAAUUUGACUUUCAUCUUUUCUUCUAAUAAUCAACCGAUUAUUGCGAAAUUCCCGACAAUAAAGUUUUGAAAGAAUAUUUUAUAAGGAUAACUUUAUUUAGUCCUUUUUCUUUAGUAUCCCUUUAAGUCAGGGGACGUUCCGGUUAGGCAGCACGUUCCGUAAGUCAAGUUGACGCAUAUCAAUCAAUCAAUCAUUUUAUUUCCUUAAAGAAGGAGGAGUACAGGACUAAAAGCUUGGACAGCUUGACGAGGUCCCGACCCCUUGUAAGUUGGCAUAACAGCAAGAUGACAGCCAGUCAUACACAAGAAAUGAAAAAAAAAAACAUCACAAUGUAACGGGUAAUACAGAGUGAAACAAGACGGCAAGAAAUAAUCAACACUCAUAAAUAACAGUGGAAAACAAAAUUAGGAGAAGGCAAUGUCUAGUCUUGCAAAUAAAUAAGUUGACAAAAACGUUUAAUGCGACAGUUUCGGUUUCUGGAGGGAUCAACAUUUUGUCGGUCUAAUAGGUGUAAAAGCGAAGGUAAUGUAUAGGAUAAAGAUUGCUCAUCAUAAGAGGUUCUUGGGGUAGGUACGAACCACAUUUCUUUAUGUCGGGUCUGUAGAAUAUUUGUAUUUUCCCGAAGUUUUGCCAGAUGAAUUGUAUCAUCAAUGCCAAAUUUUACGAAAUCUUUGUAGCACAACAUCAACCUAUAAUUGUAAAAACAAAAUACAGGAAGAAUUUCAUAUUUAGAAAAAAGUGAUUUUGUGGAGUGCGUAUAAUGGACAUCAGCUAUGUAACGCACAACUCUUUUUUGUAGGAAAUGUAGUUUGUGCAAGUUUGUCACACCAGUUGUACCCCACACCAUGACGCAGUACUGCAUGACAGAUACCACCAGAGCAUUGUACAGCAUAAUUUUUACCUUGGUCGGGAGUAAGCGACGCAGACGAGCAAUAACACCAAUGGCAGAUGACAAUUUAGAUUGCAGAUGAUCAACAUGCUCAUUACAGGUUAGGUGCUUUGUAAAACGCACCCCAAGGAUAUUAACGCAAUCCACUAUCUCUAACUGCUCACUGCCCAGACACAAAUUCAUAUUAGUUGUCAACAACUUUCCUCUAGGCGCGUACAAGAUAACUUUUGUUUUCUUAGGGUUGAUUUUUAAGCAGUUUAUCACGGACCACCGCUCUAAGUCAGACAGCGUCUUAUUAGCCUUUAUUUCUACAUCUGUUUCCACGUUGCCUGUAAUAAAAACGGUUGUGUCGUCGGCAUACGAAACGAAUGUAGCGUUAUCUGUACAGCGUACAAUGUCGUUUAUAUAAAUCAAAAAUAAAAGUGGGCCCAAAAUGCUGCCUUGCGGCACACCAGUGAUAACUGGCUUCCUUGAAGAUAUUGUGUUACUAGCAUCUACGAACUGUGAUCUGUGGGACAGAUAAGAUGUCAUAAGCGAGUGGGCGGUUCCACGUACACCAUACAUUUCUAAUUUGUUAAGAAGGAUGGAAUGAUUAAUUAAAUCAAAAGCCUUAGAGAAAUCUAUGUAUAUGCCUAGUGCCAUAUGCUUCCGGCUGAAUGCAUCUAAAAUUAUUUCUUUUUGGCUCAGGAGGGCUGUUUCCGUAGAGCGGUGCUUUCUAAAACCAUGUUGAAAGUCUGCAAUCAAAUGGUGACGGUUAAAGAAUGAGAGUAAUCGCGCAUGCAUUAUUUUCUCAAUACCCUUAGAAAAUACUGGAAUUAUUGAUAUAGGCCGAUAAUUAUUUAAUGCUGUUUUAUCACCGCGCUUGAAAACGGGAACAACGCGGGUAAUUUGCAUUCUCUUAGGAAAGGCACCUGUUGAUAAUAUUAAGUUAUAAACAUGGGCUAGUAUAGGGCUUAUAAUAUCGAGCACAUACUUUAUAGGGCGAAUCUGGAUACCGUCGGCGUCUAGUGACUUGCUGUUGCUUGUAGCUCUAAUAGACGAAAAAACUUCAGGAGAAGUAGUUGGAGCAAGGAAAAGCGAUGCUCCAUUCCUGUUUACUGGUAGAAACUGAGCGUGGUUAGUUAGGCUUUGUUCAAGGUCCUGUUGCGGUGCUAGAGUAAAGACUUCAUUAAAUGCAUUUGGUAUUGCGCCUCCAGAAAUUUGUUGCCCAUCAUGUUCCAAUAUACCAGGAAUAGCUGAGUAAGAGUUAGGCUGUAACAAGGCAUUCAAUGUUACGUUGUUCAUCAAAUCUUCUAGACAACAUUUUAAAAGACCUGACAUUUUCUCUGAAGAUAAUCACUCGCCAUGGGCAAAUGACGCCACUGACUCGAAGCACUCUCACACAUGUGCUGAUUUUUUUUUGUGGCUAAAGCGUAAAGCAGCUGUGAUGUGUUUUGUUCCAUCAGAAGGUAGAACGAAUGGGGAAAAAGCGUCAACCCAUGUUAAGACAGGUACUGCACGAGCUUCAUAUGACAGCUCUGAAACAUAUAUGCACAAAGUAACUCUAAAAUUUCCCAUAAUAAUUACGAGGCACGAAGAUAAAGCUUUCCUGCCAAUUUGUGGUAACUGACGUUUCAGUUAAGACGAAAAUGCACAUGUAGCACUUUUCGCAUCUGUGUCCCUUUUGACUGCCAUGAACUCAAAUCUGAGCCAUCGAUGUCUGAAUUUGCGCACACUGAAGAAAUAGUACGGGAAUUUGCGCUCAGGCGGGCGAUCAUUGAGUGAUGAAAAUAUUGCCACUCUGAGACAGAAGCAGAGAUAGGUCACAGGUUUAUUACUUGAUCAUUACCAAUUUCUGAAGACCGAAUCCUGCUCGAGCGGCUGAUCCAAAAUGAUGGCCCUACAGCAAAUUUUUUGGUUAUGCUGAAGGCUAUUUGAGCACUAAAAAGAUAUAGCUAGAAAUAGGUGCUAGUGGUUCUAAGAAAAAGGUGAAGCAGCAAAAACGCAAUAGUGCCGUCUGUUACGUGUUCAGAAUAGCUUGUCACCCCUCCUACGCUGAGAAAAAGCGCAGAAAAAACAACACAAGAAAAACAGAACUGGCAAUACUGAAGUAGGAGAGGAAAUAAGAGGAGCACAGCCAAGACAAAUGUCUAAAUAGCUAUCCGAAGGCAAUGACAGCAAUUAAGCCUUGGGCCCAGCCUCAUUGAGCUGGAGAAUGGACAACGCUAAAUUUAUUGACAUAUCGAAAUGCAUGGAUGGGAAAGUUAUGACUUCAAAAGUGAAGCGGCCAUUGCAAUAAAUUUUGGUUAUAACCUGAUGGCAGACGGCUGGCUUGCAGUUGUCUCAUGCUUCCCUCUAGGCCACUCAGACUUUGAUAGCUUAACUAGCGGGUGGGCGCUAUCCCAAUUACGAAUUUUGCGUGUCUUUUAUAAUGAAUGCGUACACUGUACAAGCGUGCUGGAAUAGCCUGGUCGCCUUCACUCUUGUUCGCUGUGGUCGCCAAAGAAAAGUGCACUGAACAGAUCGAAAUAAAGAGAUUUUACGGUCAUGUGA